AGCUCGCGUGACAUGCGGCUGGGUAGCUGGAGCCGCGUUCCAGAACGUGGAGGGGUUAAAAAAAAAUCGGUGCUCCCCUAAAAGACGGAUAUUUUUGGAGACUUUUGGGCGCACUAAUUAACGUGCUUUUUCUUAGGGAAUUUGUUAGUUUUGAAGUCUGAGAGAAAAAAAAGAGUGUACCAAGCCAACUUCCGGGGGACCGAGAUUGUGACGGAAAACCAGGAAGUGGCCGGGCUGGGAGCUGUCCUGGGUUCUCCGCUCUGCUCCCGAGGGCGGUUCCCAGGGUCCCUUCACCGUGUUCCCCUACUCUGCUUGACCCCUACCCCGACCUAGGCUCCGGCCUGGGUCUGUCACUCCGGAACCGCCAUGUCGUCAGAUUUCGAAGGCUACGAGCAGGACUUCGCGGUGCUCACUGCAGAGAUCACGAGCAAGAUUGGCAGGGUCCCUCGACUCCCACCAGAUGAGAAGAAACAGAUGGUUGCAAAUGUGGAGAAACAGCUUGAAGAAGCAAAAGAACUGCUUGAGCAGAUGGAUUUGGAGGUCCGAGAGGUUCCGCCCCAAAGUCGAGGGAUGUACAGCAACAGAAUGAGAAGCUACAAGCAAGAAAUGGGAAAACUUGAAACAGAGUUUAAAAGGUCACGGAUCGCCUACAGUGACGAAGUACGCAAUGAGCUCCUAGGGGAUGAUGGGAAUUCCUCAGAGAACCAGUUGAUAAAAUUACGUGAAGAGAGGGCACAUCUGCUAGAUAACACAGAGAGGCUGGAAAGGUCAUCUCGGAGACUAGAGGCUGGGUACCAAAUAGCAGUGGAAACCGAGCAAAUUGGCCAGGAGAUGUUGGAAAACCUCAGCCACGACAGAGAAAAGAUAAAGAGAGCACGUGAAAGACUGCGGGAAACGGAUGCCAACUUGGGGAAAAGCUCCAGGGUUCUGACGGGGAUGUUGAGAAGAAUCAUCCAGAACCGCAUCCUGGUCGUCAUCCUGGCCAUCACCCUCGUUGUCACCAUCCUGAUGGCGAUCAUUUUUUCUGUCAGAAGACAUUGAUGUAUCUGCUCCUCCUUGAUAAACAGCAACCACGGCUUGUUCUGAGUAAUUAAGACAAAACGGUCACAUGAAUCAUCCUUUUGCGCUGACAGGCCCUGAGCGACACUCCUCUCUCGCCACUGUGCAGCCGAAGUGCAAAGAGUAUAAAAAAUAUUUUUUAUUCUCGUUUGCAUGUGGGUUGGUUUCCUUUUGUACGUGUGUCUUCACCCAGGUUUGUUUUUCAUGAGGGAAGGUUGGCGUUUGCUUGCCUUUUGGUCAUUUCAUCUACUGACCAAAAUAGCCCUUGUUGACAUUCUUCCUUGCCCCGUGUCCAUGUCAGGGGUCACAGUUUGGGAAAGGGCAUAAUGAGUCUGUCACAGGGGCUUCUGAUGGGCUGUGCUGUUUGUCACACACCUCUUGUCACCAAAUUGCCCUUCUGUGAUGUCCGAAGAUAAAAAUGCAGAGAAAAGCGGGGGUCAGAGCCAGUGACCAGCUUCAGCAAACCAGCCCUGUUCAUACCCCAGCAUAAUGAACAGAGUCAACCUGCCUGAAUGCUUUCAUUGUGAAGGUGGGUAUUUCAUGUCAGUUGCGCAGGAAAUUGACUUAGCACUUUCUCUGUUUUUCUACGCAUAUUUUUUCUUUACACCCAAGACUAUUUUUGCUGAGCCUGCCCAAUAUCCACUUUUCACGACUUUGAUUACUGGCUUCAAGAAAUAGUUCCAUAUCUUCCCCAAAAUCCCAUACUGCCCAGAAUUUGCUGGCAAAGUGAGUCCUGGGCCCGUAUUUAAUUGUGACCUCCUCUCCCCUGACCUGUGUAAGCAUUCCUGUACCCUUUCGGUUUUAAUAUUUGCGCUGCCGAAAGCAGCCCUCAGACAUGCAAAAGGUCUGACAAGGUUCCCUCCACAUCUAUUUCCGCAUGUAAAGAGAACAUGAAUAUUUCAGGAAGAGCAAGAACAUGACUCUGGCAGUGCAAAAUUUCAGAUGUGAUUAUACAUAUGGUGGAGUCCUAUAGGAUGGUCCACUAGACAUCAACUUCACGGAAAAAAAGGUGCACGCACCUCCCUUAAAAGAAAGGGGUUGCAGCGUGUUGCAAAAAGACAGCUUGGAUUUUUUACUAACAGAUGUCAGCCUAGCCUUCUGGAAGCCACUGUGUACUCAAAGCUCUAACAUGCUUUGUGAUUUUUCUUCGCUUUCUCCCUGUCCGAGGUAACCGAGAAUUGCGUUCAAAAUGAGUUCAUUUAUGAUGAGGCUUUGAGUUGCCUGAGCUGAGGUCCUUCUCCUUCUAGUCAUGAAGCAAAAUGUGUUUUUCUUUAAGGCCUCAUAGGCACUUCCAGGGGCCGUACUAUCUUUUGAAUAUAAUUAGAUGCUUUGAACCCUUGAAAACCAAACCUGUUUUCUUCAUAAAAAAUGCUAACCACCUGUGCCCAUGGAUGGAGUUCACGGAGCUCUCCAUCUAGCAUUUAAUAUUUUUUUUUCUCCAAAUCAGAAGAGAAUCAUUAUGGUUUAGGGAGGAGAUGCAUGACAGCAAAAUGCACUAGAGAACUCGUACUUACUGAACCAGGCCAGGGCCUGCCCGCGUUCCGAUAAAUCAUUUAGUAUGGUGUGAAGAGAGCUGCGGCCCUUACUUUGCAGGGAUGGAGUGAGAUUUUGGCAGAGCGUGAAAUAGGACAGCCAAGGAGUGGGAAGGCUGUGCUGAUUUUCCUCUCAGCUUACGGGACCCACCUCAGUGAGCAUCUUUUAUUCUGAUCGUGGAAUUCAAUAUGUGCUAAACACAUCGAGGAGACUAUUUAAAAGCAAGAAAACAGACAACGCACUUCCUUCUCAUUCUGAAAUACUGACGGUGGGGAAGUAGUAUCCCAGCCUCUCUGGUGGCUUCCUUCGAAACCCUUGAUCUCACCUCAAGUGCGUAACCAGUUCUCUGGCUACACCACACAUUUCCAGACUCUUGCCAAGGCCGUGUAGCAAGCCACGUGGAUCUGAUCAUCUCAACCUACCAGCUCCCAAGUAUUUCAUUAAAAUUGUGUGUUCCUGUUGAAGUAGAUAAAGGAAAAAGGAGUGUGUUGCUCCCCCUUUUAAUUGCCUUUUUUGGGGGGUUCUUUCUCUAUCAGCUCUUGCCUGAGAUGGUGCCCCAAUUCAACACUGAGGGUGGAAGGAAUAUGAACAGAUAACCCUUGGUCUAAUGGCUCCAUCAAACCCCCCUUGAGAGCAGUCCCCUAGCCUGACGUCUUGAGUGCCUUCUAGGAAGCUGGCCCAAAGGGCCCUUGAACUCGUUGCCUGGCCCUCCUGGAUGCUGUAGGAGCGACUCUAAGGAACCCUAAGAAAGACAGUUUUUUGUUCUUCCCCUUCCACACUCUUCCACGCUCCACUGGGAAAGGAAGCUCACAAAUUCAAAGCAGGUGAAAAGUUCUAGGAACUUAAUAAGUAGACUUCAAUUGAUGAAUAUUUCUAAAGUUGGGAAUAUUGUUUAAAAUGCUGCUCAACAUGGGGCUGGGGGAAAUAAUGAAGACGCAGAAGAGGAAGAGGAGGAAGAAGCCAUUGCCAUACAAAAUUCACUGCAGACUAAACAGUUUCCCCAACAGAAUAAAUAAGGCAGAUGCUGCCCAUGCUCCAGAAUCAAAAGCACUUUAAUUAAAGUCUCUUAAGUUGUAGAGAGUUCUCAGUGUUCCACGUUGAAGGAGAAUGCCUGCGAAUACAGUAGGCUUGACGUCAGCCGCCUGCCUGGGCUGGGAGGCCAUUUGCUAUUCUGUUUAAGGCAGGCUGGAUUGUCUUAUUUUGGAACCAGCUUGGUGGGGGGUUUGCUUUGCUACUGCUUCUGAGCCCCGAGCUUCAAAGGCUGAAAUUAAUGGCGAACAAAAUUGUGCAGCUCUGGCCGUCCCAUGCGGGGCAAGCCCAUUGAGGGUUAUCAUUAAGUAAAGAAAUAAAGAGGGGGGAAAAAAGCCUGCCUGUUCCAAAAACCUCAUCAGAUAAUGACCUCGGCGAUUGGGUUUUAUUACCAAACAGCAUCCAGAGAUUAUCUAUUCCAGAGAAGAAGGGAGGGGGAAAGAAAAAGAAAGAAAGGAAAGCAACUGUCUUUCUCUCCCUUUCCCUCUCUCUUGCUCUCCCUCUGUCUUUUUUUUUUUUUUUUUUUUUUUUGGCACAUCUUUUCUUUAAAACUGUCAGAUCAUUUCAGUAUUUCAAAUCCAAGGAAAACAGCCUGCCUGCUGCUGUAUUUGAAGUUGUAAUGGUGUCAAAAAGUCACGACUGACUGACAGCCAUCAGUCCCAGAGGGGCUCAUUAAAUCAUAAAAACUUGACAAGGAAAUAAUUGCGCAUCGCCAGCAACUUGGCGCCUGUUUAGACGUUUCUAUUUUCUUUCAUUAUUAGUCCCCACCAUUACGUUCAUUAACAAAUUGCAUUAAACAACUGUUAAGGGCUAAUGAUUUGUUUAUCGUUUUUUUUAUUAUUAUUAUUUAAACAUCAGCUGUGUCAUGUGGUACCCCAGCAGCCUCUUGCCAUCAUCUGACUGAAUAUUUUUCCACCCUGCUCUGGGUACUGUUGGAAUAUGAAAUAGAUUAUUCAUUACUCUCCUCUUUGCCACUGAUUUGGUUUCAUGUAGCGUCUUCCACAGAGAAAGAUGAAAACUUGUCAAAAAUAGGUUAUAUCUUAUUCGAAGGGGCAACAAUAGCAGCGGUACAGGCACACUUUAAUAUUUAAUUAAGGUUGAUGUUAACCCCUUUAAAUGACUUUUGCCGUAAGUUCUAUUCAAAUGCAGGAGAGAAAAAUAAUUGUUCUUAAUUUGCAACCCUGUUCAGCAGGCACUCUUCCUGGAGUUAGCUGGAAAUUUGGAGCAGAAUUUUUAAAUAAUGAAAUUUCCUGUCCUAAAUAUUUAGAGCCGUUUGUUUACAUAGUUGAGAAUUAACUACGAGCAAUGGUUUCCUCAUCUCUUUGGUCUGAACUGCUCUCCUAGUGGGUCACUCAGUGCUCGGGAGUGGAGACGGCUUUCCUGAGAGAAACGUGUGUCCAGAGCCGAGAGGUGGUUGGUUGGUUGUGACUGGGGCCGGUUUCAAAGGAACCACUGUGAGUCCCAUGUCUCUGGUCCACUUGCCUCCCCCUUUCGCUGAGUGUGUGGUUGGAGAGCUGUGGUCUGCCGUGAGAGUAAGUAGAGACUUCAUAAAAGAACACUUGUGUGUCCAGGAGGGUGUGGUGAGCGGAUGCCCAGGGUCUCUCUGUACCAUCAAGGAGCUCAUUGCGGACAGCGCUUCCCUGGUGGACAGCAGGAGCAAUGCUUUGCGGGACUGGCCCUGCGCCAUUUUUCCUUUCUGUGACUAGCCGUUAAUUAAAUGAUCGCCUUUUCCUGGGCUAUAAGCUUGCAGGAAAAAGGUCCAUCUUCAUCAUCAUGCCAUGUCAGAAGUCAAUGGCCUUCUUCAGGCCAUAACCGCUGUCCGCACUGACCAUUCUGUUGGAUUCAAUGAGUUUACGUAACCAUGGAAGCCACACUCAGAGGUCCAGUUCAUCAGCACUGCAGGGUCGGGCAUUAUGGUCAGUGUCAAGGGAUGGGGCGAACCUUUUUGCCAGUCCAUUUCUGCUUUCACCCACCCAUCCUGGAGAGAAUAGACCCUUAGGCUCCAUGGAUAUGAAGGAGGAGAUAGUACACGUUCCUUAUUCUGUGUAGCAUCUCUCAGUACUACCCACCCAAGAGCAGGUGGUCCUGUAUAGAAGGGCCAUCCCAGCAGAUACAAGCCAGGUGAGGCCUGGCCUCCAGCCUCAUCCAUCACUCUGGGCACAGAAAUGGCAGACACAUCAGGGUCUAAAGGUGGGGGGGCAACCUUCCAUUUCAAUCCAUUUCAGAUUAGCCACGUGACAGCUCAUAACCUUUGGGACGGCCUCCAUACCUCAGCAGGGGGCAUGCACAUUGUCAUUUUCCCAGAUGGAAGGGGGCCUCAGUGGCGAGCUGUCCCCAGUCAGACUCCAGAGGCACUGGUUGAAGGUAGUGUCCAAGGCAAGCUGCCAACCCUGAAACUUGACCUCGUCCUCUGCUGUAAGUCACUAACUUUAAACCAGACCCCAGGAAACAUUCUCGUCUGUACAGCUUUGUUGCACCUGUGGCCCAUCAGGCUGAAACCAGUGGUAUCUGCCAGAGGCCAUCAAUAUUAUGUGACCAGUCAGGUGGUCACAUAAUAUUGACACUAACCCUUUUUUAAAUGGGGAAUGUUCUGUGUGGACAGCUCAGAAAAGUACCUAAAACCACAGGCAUUUCACCCAAGAAGGGAGACUGCAGGGAAACCAGGGCAGCCGUGUCCAGGCAGGAGAUGGGUGUGUGUGAUCGGGGCCAAGGCUUAAAAUGGGGUGACUGAGCCAAGGUCAACGUCCUCUUCUGUGCUGGAAGGAGGAGGCCACAGAGAGCAUGGGGAGAGACUGCCCCUCUCUGUUGGGUUGUUAGGAUUCCAGGGCAGGAGCAAAGUGAAUGUUUCAGAGCCGACUUACCGCAGGCAAGUGGGGCAAACCAAGAUGGUGAGCCAAACCAAGACAGCAGGGCAAACCCAAGACGCUGGCGCAGGUGGGUUUGGAAGGUGUGAUGAGGUGAGGAGCAGAUGGUGCGCAGGUUAAGGGCGGUGGGUUCCCCAGCCUCAAAGGAUAGGAGAUAGUUGGUGACACGAGUUCCAGGGAACAGGCAAGAAAAGGCAGAGCACCAAGCAGUGGGCUCCAUCUUGUGCCACCCUGGGCCCAGCAUUGCCCUCCUUCAGGAGGAGCCAAAGGAAGGGAAGGGCAAGGUGAGCCCCCCCCUCUCUCUCUCUGAACCACUGCCCCAGUCUCACGUAACCCCUGCUUGCCCGGCCUCGAGGGGCACCCAGCAUGCUGGGAGGAAAGUGCUUCCCCGUGCUGAAUCACCUCCUUACUCGCGCUACAUAAAUAACGAAGGCAUCCCUGAGAGAUGGGGAAAUGCCAAGGAGCAGAGCUCCGCACCGUGGUUCUGUGAACUCGUGCCCCCCUCCUUCCCUUCAUCCAGACAAGGCCCUUUGGCGUGAAUAAUAGCUCGGCGGCCCGAAGCCCGUAUUGAUCGGCUGCCCGCGCCGCUCCACUGAGAGCUGCCUGGACUUUUCCUGGGGGCAAGACGGGCACCUCUCAGUGCAGCUACCUCCUCCGCCCCCCCAGGUGUGCUCAGAAGGGGAGGGGGGGUGGGGGGGGAUGGCCAAGAGGCAGGCCCUUGUCCAGCUCAGUGCUGGUGGUUGGCUCAACUUUUUUUGCCUGUGACUUCUUUUACUAGGGAAAAUACCUGAGCUGGAGAGGAAUGUUUUUUGCACAAUGAGGCCCCACAGAGUUGAGAAGAAAUACAUCCUCAGGCUCCAGCUUCUCUCCAGAAGCUUCUGCCAGAGAUCCAGGCAGCAGAGGCACCCACAGCUGACACUUAGGGAGCCCACUGCGUGCCAGCGGUGAGCCCAGCACCGGGGCAGCCACGCCAUGUUUCCUGUUAACUUUCAGUCCCUGUCUCGGGUCCUCAAAGCAGAGGCUCUGACAAGGCAGGGAGGAUCCUCGCUGCUGUGGCAUGGGGCCCACACGGCUAAAUCCAGUGGACAGGAGUCAGCCACAGGCUGGUGGCUCCAGGGACAGAAUGGGCCAGCCCCUGGGCCUGAGACUCUGACCACACUCCUCCUCUCGGGGAUAAGCAGUGGAAGGUCAGCCUGGCCCUGCAAAGCCAGCACCCUGUGCACUGGAAGAGACCGGAAAUCCUACCUUUAAUAAUUCACUCCAGUGGGUCUGACCUUAUCCGCCUUGGAAAAUGCCACAGAUACUUUGCCCAGACAGCAUCAGCACUGACAGCCACUGACCCCUCUGGGUGAGGUGUCGGACCCUCUCCUAAGAGCCGAGCUGGGCCUUGGGAAAGGAGAGACCUACCCUGUGAGCGAUCUCCUGGAGAAGGGGCACAAGGAAGGAGGGUCUUGGUUCCCCAGAACCAGCUCCCUGGAGGUGUCUCCCGGAACCAGCCAUUGCCUGUAUUUCCGGGAAUACAGCUUUACCCUGGAAGCCCACACACACCCCAGCCAUAGCCAGUCUGUGAACACGUGGGCACAGCCCAGGAGAGGUACCUGCUUGAGGGGCCUGGCGCAUCCACGGCACCACCCUUGCUGAGAAGAAGGGGAGAGAACAGGAAGGCAGGAGGUAGGGUCAGAACAGUUGAGCCAGGGCCCAGCAGACCGCUUCCCUUGGUGAGCUGCUCCAGCCUCCACUCAGGCAGAGCCCUGCUGAGGGCGAGGGAGGCCAUGGCCCCCACAGAGCACAAUCGGGCACUGGGGGAAGGACCCAACAUGGACCGUUUAUGCCCUGAGACCCUCCCCGUACUCCCCCACCAGAGGCCCUGGCACAGCAGUGACACUGUGACCAUCAAAGUCUCUCUCUGCCCAGUUUCUGUCUCCCCUUCCUCCUCCAAGGCCACUUCUGCCGAGAAGUCACAGAGCAAAGAGAGCUGCGCGGCUUCAGUGAGCUCAUCAUGGCCCCCGAGGUGGCCACAUAAUCAAACCUGCCCUCGUUGGCAGCAUGAGAGGUGUAAUCAGAUUCACUCAUCUACUCAAUGAGUGUUUAUUGAGCAUCUACUAUGUUCCAGGCCCCAAAAACAUGUGGUGAAGAUAGAUAGAUAACAAAACAAGUGAGGUCAUCCCACCACCCUGGGGCUCUUUUCAUCUCCAGCACCCUGCUGCCCACAAUGACUGCUCCAUCUCCACGACUUGCUUGGCAAAGCCUCUCCAAGCGACAGUACUGUGUGUCCACUCCUCCUCCGGGCAGUUCCCAUGACGACGUUUGCAAAAUUGACCCACAGGGCUGACGCUUGUCUGCAUAUGGGGGAGUCCCAUCAGCACCGGCCCCUUGUCUGGGGCCGGACCAGGAGAGGCAGGGGACAGAAAUAGAGACCAUUUAUUCUGGGCUCUGGGAUUCUCUUGGAGGAUUUUUUUCUUCCUGCUUAUGAAGUGAUAAAAGUUUGACUUGGCAGGUGAUCGGAAACCCAGAAUAUCACAAAAGGGAAAAAAGUCAUCGAGUGGCUAAGAGGUGCACCAUGGGAGUGUUGGCCGGGCCGGGGGCAAGGCGAAUUGCUGAGCGAAUAGAACAGGAGAUAUUUUUCAAAGGCUUCUCUCUCCUGCUCUCUCUGGGCCCUGUGCAGAAAGGGGAAAUAGAAGCCAAAUCCAGAUUUGGGCAUGUGGCUGAUUUGGGCACCCUCCCUGACUCCCACCCCCUUUUCCCCAGACAGUGAUAAACUUUGAUGUCUGAGCCCGUGGCAUUUGGGGACAGGAGAAGCUGGGCAUUCCGGCGAAGGCCUCCCUCAGCCCCUUUGUGAGGAGAGAUGAAAGCCACAGAGCCAGAGAGAGCAUGAUUUUCAAAUCAGAGAGAGCAUGAUUUUCAAAUGAUGAAAUGCAGGAGCUCCAUACAGGCCACCUCAGUGACAGUUUGGGUAGCGAAAGCCACCCCGGCAGACCAGCUGAGAUUCACAGAACCCUCGAGGUGUGCAUGUUUUUUGGGCCCACCUGCGUGUUUGCAGAUGGGGACAGGCUCAGAGAGAGCGUAGCCUCGCUCAAGUCACCCAGCGAACCAUGUUGGCAGGGCCAGCCAUGGCCCACAGGCCCUCAGCCUCCAGGCAGGCCUCUCUGCUCUGCACCAGGAGGGUAACUUCAAACAGCACCACACUGUGGAAGCCAAGGCCAGGCCACAGACCUCUGAGCCUCUUGGUGGUGUCGGCCUUCAUGCUACCGGGACUAGCAUUCCCCACUUACAUUUCUCAAGCUACAGAGGUACAGAAAAACUCAGCCCCGCCCCCAUUAGCUAUGGUCCUCUUUCCCCCUGAAUGUCAGAUCUUAGCUCUUUGGAGGAAUUGCCAGGGGAGACCCAGGGUCUCUCCUCAGCUGAGCUACUGAUGUCACCUGGGAAAACCUUUUCUGUCUGAAGUCCCUGCCCAGCUCUCCUCACCCACCACCAGUAGCCUGCAGGGGCUCCCGGAAGUGCCUUGGUUGCUGAGGCCAAGCGGGGGCUACUGCUUCUGAACUGGGUCCUGGUGGUUGUGACUGAGAUGAAUGAACAGCUUGGCAGGGAGGCCUUUUGCUAAAGUCUAGCGUCUUCCAUGAUGCGUAGGGCCUCCAGCUGAUGAAUGGCCCCAUGCAGGCCCUCCCCUGCUCUGGGCUUUGGCUCUUCAUGCCGCCAGUGGGAAAGCUGGGCUGGGAAGUCACAGGAAGGCAGGUUUCUGCAACUCCCAUCGACCAUCGAGGUGAGCAGGGAAUAUGUCUGAUAAAGCAAGGGUCAAGGGCUUCAGUGUAAUAUGGCAGCCACUAGUGUGUAGAACCUUCUAGAAGACCAAGAGACUGGUAAUUUGAGCUUCUGAGUGAUCUUGGAGGCAGGGCUGGCGUCACGGGCCUGAGGUCAGGGCUCUGUACCCAGAAGGGCCGCAGGCUUGGGAUUGAAUGCUCUACAGUCACUUUCUUGAAAUUCUUCAUAAUUUUAUCUUCAUAGUUGUGUUUUGUAGCUGAAAUCCAGUGGGUCACUGGACCAUGAACAGGAAGUAGGGAGGAGGUGGCCUUGGAGCCCCCCUCACACGCAGUCCUGCCUCUUGCCCUCUCCCUGCUCUGGGGUCUGGUUCUUAGCUGCUUGCUUCACUGCCCCUGGAACCACAGUUCCACGAGGCUUUCCCCUCCCCACCUCCACCCUGAAGCCACUUCCAACCUGCCUGCAACCUGGUCACAGGCACGGGCAUGGUCAGGAUCAGGCAUGCACAACCCAGAGCAUUUUGGGGUGGGGCACCGUGGCAACAGUGCCCUCCCUGGGCUGGCAGCACCAGGAGCACACUCGGUGGGGGACUGAGUUGAGUACCUAGUGCACCUGGUGCGUCCUGGCACAAAGGCUGCAGUGCCUCUGGGGGUUGCCCACCUGCCCAGGCUCGGGGCAGCAGGCCGUGGAAGGGGGAGGUGCCAGGGGGCCCAGCAGGUCCAUGUAGCUGCAGGGAGAAAGGGAGCCUGACCUCUAGCUUGAAGGGCAAGUUUAUGCCCCAAGUAUAGAUGCAGGGCCCAGCGCCUGGGGUGUGCACUCCACCUGAGAGAACCCCCAAGCCUAAGAAUGUGCCCCAGUGGCUAGUCCCCUGCCUGGGGGAUGCCUCUCUUCCAACCUGCUGCAUCUGGCUUGUGUCUUCAGGCCUGUUCACAGUAUUCUCUUAAGACGAGGAACAAAACACAGUACAUAACUUUGCUGAUUCCACACCUGUGUUAGGUAUUCUGAUACUUGCCUUUAAAAUUGGCAUUGCAUAACCUAAAAAUGAAUGGUAAAAUCUAUGCUGAUAAUUUAAAAUUUUGACUUUACUCCCAAUGACAUUAACUAGGAAAUUUAAAACACUGACAAGCUGAGAGACAGACAGACAGGAAAGGUGGGGAAGGCAGCUUUUUUCUUCCGUUUUGAACCAGGAGCUCCACGGUUUUGUUUUGCUUUGGGUCUAACAAAUCACAGAAGCGGUCCUGCCAGAUGGGUCACUCUCCCUCCAGGGCACCCCUUUCCCUGGCAGGAAUCAAACCUGAACACUGUGCUUGUCCCUCCCUCACUCCCGGCCAAGUCGUGAUCACGCGCUUGGAGAAAAUCCCCGUGAGAUUUAGAAUUCAGAGUGUGCUGCUCACCCUCGGCCUUGGAGCCCAACCCUCCUUGCUUAAAAGGGGCUCUCAGCCCCGCUCACGUAGGUCUAACCACCUCCGUGAGGCAGUCUCUCCCCCAGAGAUUCUCCAUAGGUACUACAUCCUGAAACUGGAGCCCCAGUUAAAAACUCCAGACAUAUCAAAGAGAGGCAUCAGCCCCCAAAGAGACUUAAUUUGGAAUCCAAGCAAGUUACGAAACAGAAAACCGUCAGCCUGCCUGAGAGCCCAGGCUCCUGCGCACCCAGAGCACCGGCCGACUGCCCUCCCUGACAUCCCUUUGACUUUCCGGCGCAGCCUGGGAGUUCAGAGCUUGGUGCCGCAGGAGGCUGGGUGCCAACCAGGUUUGGCUAGAGAGACGUCAGUGUCUUGAGAAUGGUAAAAAGUCCAUUCCACUUCCGGGGGAAGGUAUUUCCAUUUCAGAAUUGUUUCCAAAGCCACCAUCUUGGGGUUCCCGGGCGCAGCCUUGCCUGACGUUUGAGGGCCUGACUGUCCAAGGUUGAAUGGGUCCAAAGUAGCAGCCUGUCAUGCUCUACAAUAAAGUGCUGUCACUUUAAGAUAACAUUCAUGGAAGGAAUGAAUGAGUCGUUUAGAUCGAGUUGCGUCAAAUGGAAUCCCAAUUGCAUACUCAUCAGUGUCACUUCCGGACAAAGGAAAAAUUAAUGCACUUCGUUUAGCUGCGUCUACGGCUUUUCCCUGAUUAUAGGUGAGCUCGCUAUCAUUUUCAAGUUUUGUUUCUUUUACACCGAUCGUAUUUCAGUUCGUUUCAUACUGAGGGAUGAUUUUCGGCUUCAGCUUAACCUCCUCCAGAUAAUUCAUUAGGCCUGAGAGCUGCUCCAGAGUGGGAUUAGAACCUGUGUAGAAGACAGUCACUUUAAACUGAGAUCUGCUAAUUAAUCGCUCUUCUCUGUCCAAGUGCACAGCAGCGCUCCUUCCCCGCGGAAUUGCAAUUUCAUGGUUCCUAACGACGGUGCGAUUACAUUAUCUGGAUCAGAGACUGUGGGUGUCGGCAGUGGUGGGCCGAGCCUGUCUCGGGGAUCCGGCGAAAUCACUCCUACAACCAAGGGGAUGGAGGGAAGCAGUUAGAAUGUCGGUUGCUAAUUUUAUUAAUGUGCUGCAGUUUCUUCCGUCUCGUUUAGGCAUUAGCUGCAAGCUCCAACUCCCCCUGCUCCACAGGCCUCUUUCCCCAGAACCUCACUUUGCUGCCUAAUAUCCACAGGGUUAUUUUUGUGUGUGCAAAUCUAUUUAUUUGCUGUAUUCCACAAAGUAAUUUAUUUCGAGCAUUUAUUUUCAUUAGAUCUCUUGGAAAUAUGGUCCUACCUACUGUUAGCACAAGUGAUACAUUUUAAUUGUUGUUUCCUGGACUAACUUGUAUCAUUC